UCGCCCAUCCAUUCGGGGGUCCGUCCUGUUGGUUGGCGUACGCGCCCCUUAAACUAUCUCGUCGACGAGUACCGCUCUGCCGACACUCAGUCCACGUUGAGCCGUGGGGCACUUCACAACUCCCCACAACCGCUCCUCUCUUCUCGUUUCCUUCCUCUCGACAACAAUAUCACUCGCUUUGAUUUAUUUUCUUCGAGGUGGGUGAGACGACGCUUCUUCGUGGUUCGUCGCUGCUGUGUGGACAGAAAACUAGAGUCAGGAAACGGACGGAAAACCUCAAAUCCUAAUUUGUUCCUCCCUUUUUCCUUGUGUGUAAAUAAUCCAGUCGAUCGUCCGGCAAGGGUUGAUCCGCGGUGCGUGCGUUCCAGUCACCCCCAUUUGUUUUGUAAACAAAAGGAAACACACAACAACAACAAAAAAACAGUCCCGAACAAUCAGUCGUGAGAUUUCAAUGUGCGAUCCCCACUUUCUUUCCGUCGCUGAUUUGGAAAUGGCAACAGGAAAUUGAAUCGAAAAACAACAAAAACACAACAACCAUGUGCCCAGACACGCUACCGUCCAUGUUAUAUUAAGUUUCUUUUCUUUUCCCUCCGUACCAACGACCAAUCCUCUUCUCUUUCUUCCACUUCCGCCUGCAAUAAAAUCAUCACCCGAAUUGUAACGACGACCGGAAAGGACUUCUUCCAUUUAGCCACCACCAAGUUGUCGACAUCCAAGACGGAUUCAAUCACCCCAAAAUCAGGAAGUUCACAUCACGUCGACUUCGUCGUCGUCGUGCAGCCUGUUCCGGGACGUCCAUGAUGAUGACCCGGCUACUGGCCUCAUUCCAUGGGUUGUCAUUCCUUUUCAUCUUUGUCAUUUUCACUUCAGUCGAGAGCACAGAUGGACAGUGCGAAAGUUGCACGUUGACGGUGAUGUGUUGGAUGAACGGCGGGAUCAGAGAGGGAGGAUGUCCAGGUCCGUCGUGGUUGGUGACGUGCUGCGUCCCUCAGGUGACACGCAACAGCGAAGACGACACCAUCAUCCAGUCGGACCUUCGGGGACCGCCCCUCACCGCUGGACUCCGAUCCGCACCAGGAGGCGCUCCCUUCAUCCUGGCCAACACGUUAGGAGAGUCGAUCGCCAACCUUCAGGGCCGCGAUGAUUUCCGUGGAGGUGGAGGAUCAUCCAGUCCACCGUUUAUCUCGCAUGCUCGGUUCUAUAUGCCGCCUAACCACCCGAGUCUGUUCCUUCGCUUUGAACCUCGCUUGAGAGAACCUCCUAUCCUGCCUCCUGCGAUGCCAGCGUUCGAGAAUGUCAUCACUACCACGACAGGGAUGUCAACGUCACCAUCGCAAAAUCACUAUUUCAUCAAGAACAACAACAACAACAACAACAAGGCUCCGGGAAGUUCGUUCUCGUCGUCAGCCGUGCCAUACAACCAGUUGCAGCCACCUCUCCCACCGCUGCCCCCGUCACCGCCGCAACAACAACCACAACAUCAUGUGAUGACACAGCAGCAGCUCUACCAGCACAAGAAUUUCCAAAUGCAACAGCAGAUGUUCCCGCAACAGCCGCACGGCUACAUCGGCCUGAAUAGUCUCAACAGUCUGUCAGGGCCACGGCCCGUCUGUGGCGUCCAGCCGCUCAAGUCCAGCAAGCUUCAGAAACGGAUCAUCGGCGGGGAUCAGGCCGCCUUCGGAGAGUUCCCGUGGCAGGCUCACAUCCGCAUCGCUGGAUUCCAGUGCGGAGGAGUCUUACUCAAUCACCAGUACAUCGCCACGGCUGCCCACUGCGUUCACAGGGCCAAACUAUCGCAAAUCAUCAUCUACCUGGGAGAGUACGAUACAAAGGACUUGGACAAGGCAGAAAUUCUACCCAAAGAGACACUUGGCGUCAUCGAGAGAAAGAUUCAUCCGCAAUUCAAAUAUAUGCUGACUCAACCCGACCGCUACGACGUGGCCGUUCUCAAGUUGAGCCGCUCGGUCGGCUUUCGCGACAACAUCCUACCCAUCUGCCUACCACCGCAGGGCAAAGAUUACGAAGGAGCCCUCGGCGUUGUGGCUGGAUGGGGAAAAACGGAUACAUCGUUCGGAAAAACGGGGACCAACUUGCUUCAAAAAGUCUACGUACCGAUCAUCAACAAUCGAGUUUGCUACGCCUGGCACGAACUCAAAGACAUCAUUUUAGAACUGCACGAUGAAAUGUUCUGCGCCGGACACGAACAGGGCAAAAUGGAUGCAUGUCUCGGCGAUUCUGGAGGACCAUUGGUGGUGAACGAUGGAGGCAGAUGGACAUUGGUCGGAAUCACUUCGGCCGGGUUCGGUUGCGCAGUAGACCAUCAGCCGGGAAUUUACCACAAAGUCAGUAAGACGGUACCUUGGAUCUUGGCGAAUAUCAACGAUUAAAUUAAAGAGGAAAAAAUAAGUAAAAUAACGCGACGAUUAAUGACAAUACUUAAUUAAUAAUACAAACGAAGCGAAUUCA